AUGGCAACUCUGGGAAACGUGGAGCAUUUCAAUCCAAAUAAUCCGGGUGCGUGGGACGCUUACAAGGAAAGAGUAGGAUUAUUCUUAAAGGCGAACAAUAUAACAGAAGAUGACAGGAAGCAAGCUGUUUUCUUAAGCAUUUGCGGGGCAGCAACGUACGACAUAUUGCGUUCGCUGAUCUCCCCGGCAAAAGUAAGCGACGCGUCGUACGAAAACGUAAUUAAAACAUUGUCAGAACAUUUUUCCCCUGGAACGUCUGAAAUAGUGGCUCGCUUUAAAUUCUACCGAAGAAAUCAACAGGUGGGUGAAACAAUUUCCGUUUAUGUAAAAGAACUGCGAAAGUUAGCGGAAGAGUGCGGGUUUGGAUCGUCAUUGGAUACGAUGUUGCGCGAUCGUCUCGUGUGCGGGGUUAACGACGAAGCUCUUCAGAAGCGCCUGUUGGCGGAAUCAAAAAUUACGUUCAAAAAGGCCCUAGAAAUGAGCGUCGCACACGAAGUUGCAGCCGAAGGCAUCGCCGUUCUUAAACAAACACAGACAGACGGCGCGAAGAACGUAAACACUAUUAAUUCGUCGAAACCCUACAAUAAACAAGGAUCGAAAAUCAAAGGGUCUAGAAAAUGUUUUCGAUGCGACGAUAAACACUCGCCGGACACGUGCAAGCAUAAAAACGCUUUAUGCCGUUAUUGCGAGAAAAAAGGACACAUCGAACGAGCCUGUUUUAAAAAGAAAAAAACGGAGUCAAACGCAAAUAAGGUAAUACAAAUAACGUCCGAAGACAAAGAGGAAGACGGAGAUUCUUAUCUGUAUCCCUUGAAUAACGUCUCGAGCGACAAAUUAAACGAAAAGUUUGUUGUGGAGAUUUCCUUGAACGGAAAAAGAAGAACUAUGGAAAUAGACAGCGGGGCCGCGUAUACAGUUAUCGGUAAAAACACUUUCGAACAAUUGUACGGAAACAAUCCUCCAAAGUUAACAAAACCAGAAAUUACGUUAAGAGAUUAUCAAAGUCGGGUUGUGGUAAUAUUGGGACAGUGCGAAAUACCUGUGCGCUUUAAAGACAUAAAAACGAAAUUGCCGGUUAUCGUGGUGGCGUCUAAUCGAGCUAAUCUUCUGGGAAGAAAUUGGUUCGCGCCUCUUGGGUUGAACAUUAGCGGAAUUAACCAUAUUUCGGGGUCGUGCGUCGGAAGUGCGUUUCUGGAAGAAUUUCCUGAAGUCUUCGACGAGAAAAUAGGCACUUAUCGUGGACCUCCUGUAUCAUUUGUUUUGAAUCCGAGCGUACAGCCAACGGUGUUAAAACCUAGAAAAGUUCCGUUCGCGUUGCGCGAUAAGGUCGACCAAGAACUUGAUCGUCUAGUGCAGCAGGGAGUUUUGGAACCGGUGGCGCAUCCGAAGUGGGGAACACCAAUAGUUAUUGUAUCAAAAAACGACCAUGAAAUCCGAAUUUGUGGUGAUUAUAGGAGUACAAUAAAUCGUGCGUUAACAACAAACAAUUAUCCAGUACCGGUUGUACAAGACAUUCUUUCCGAGUUAUCCGGCGGGAAAGUGUUCGCUAAAUUGGACAUGGCACACGCUUAUUUACAAUUAAGUGUGGAUAACGACGCCGCGGAUGCACAGACAAUUGUAACUUAUAAAGGAGCGUUUAGGUGCAAGAAAUUACAAUUCGGGGUAUCAAUAGCUCCACAAGUGUUCCAACAAUUUAUUGACAAUAGAUUGCGCGGAAUUUCGGGCGUGAUUCCAUAUUUUGACGAUAUCUUAAUAGUCGGAAAGUCUGAUACAGAUCUCGAAGCAAAGGUGCGUGCGGUUCUUCUGCGAUUUAAAGAAGACGGACUUCGAUUAAAAAAGAGAAAGUGUGUUUUCCGUACGGAAUGUUUAAAUUUCCUGGGGUUUCACAUAAGUGCGGCCGGGGUUCGUCCCACUAAAGACAAAAUAAACGCUAUCGUGAAUACGCCGGCUCCUGCGAACAAAACAGAAUUACAAGCAUUCCUAGGUCUUGUAACCUUCUAUCACAGUUUUAUCAAAGACAAAGCUUCAAUAGCCGAAGCCCUACACAAAUUACUCCAUAAAGACGUUGAUUUUAAGUGGGGUGCCGAGCAAAACAAUGCUUUUAAAAAGUUGAAAGACAUCCUCGCGAGUGAACCACUUCUAGUUCACUAUAAUGAGAACAAUCCAUUAAUUUUGACAUGUGACGCAAGUGCGUACGGGGUGGGUUGCGUGUUGAGUCAAUUGCAAUCAUCGGGUCGCGAAGCACCUGUUGCGUACCACAGCAGAACCCUAUCAUCGGCUGAACGCAAUUACGCGCAAAUUGACAAGGAGGCGCUAGCAAUAGUGGUACGUGUCAAAAAAUUCCACAAUUACCUUUAUGGUCGACAUUUUCGUAUAAAAACCGAUCAUAAGCCGUUACUGGGUAUUCUUCGGGCGGAUAAGGCUAUUCCUGAAGUGUUAUCACCACGUUUUGUCAGAUGGGUGAUAAUGUUAUCGGCUUAUUCGUAUGAUCUGUCCUAUACACCAGGGAAAAAGAUUGGCCAUGCGGACGCGCUUAGCCGAUUUCCCAUAAAAGAUACGUCCGGAGAAAAAGAAAAUAUCGCUGAUGUAUUAGUACUAGAAUGUGCUCCAGAACAGAUCCUGACUGCCGACGAGGUGGCACAGGAAACAACCAAAGAUGCAAUUUUGAACAGAAUCCUCCAAUGGGCAAGAAAUGGAUGGCCAAAAAAUAACAAAGACUUCGGUAAUGAAUUUCAGCCAUUUUUAAAAAGAAAACAUGAAAUUUCUUGUUAUCUCGACUGUCUUUUGUGGGGAACCAGAAUAAUUGUUCCAACCGGAGGGAGGAAAAGGGUAACCUUACAUACAGCUCAUCCCGGAAUAGUGCGAAUGAAGGCUUUAGCGAGGUCGUACGUUUGGUGGCCAGGGCUGGAUGACGACAUCGAAAGGUUGGUCAACACUUGCGAAGAGUGCCAACAAACAAGAAACGCUCCGCCUAAAGCGCCUUUACAUCCAUGGGAGUGGGCUAGAGCUCCAUGGUCAAGACUGCAUCUAGAUUUCGCCGGACCUGUAAAGGGGAAAUAUUUCCUCAUCAUAGUGGACGCUUACUCUAAGUGGUUGGAAGUGAGACAGGUGGGAGGACCUUCCACUGCGGAAACAAUAAGGGUUCUACGCGAACUAUUUGCAACACAUGGUAUCCCGGAUGUUUGCGUCUCUGACAAUGGUACAGCUUUCACAUCGAUAGUUGGUAGGUAUAGUCGAUAG